AUGAAGUUGCCGCCUCACCGGCCAGGUGUGGACCACGAAGUCAACUUGCAGCCUGGCAAGAACGGCAACGAGCCGCCCUACCAUGGGGACCGCUCUACAACAUGGUUCAUCCGAGCGAGUAGCUCGGCUGCCGCAGCGCCGGUGCUGUUCCGCGACCGAUAUCCACUACCACUCAUCGCUGAAACAUUGCAGAACCUGGCCAAAGCCAAAUGGUUCACCAAGUUGGAUGUCGUGGCCGCAUUUCACAAGAUUCGCAUGGCCCCGGGGCAUGAGUGUAAGACAGCUUUCCGCACAAGGUUCGGGCUCUACGAGUGGCUCGUGUGCCCCUUCGGCCUGAGCGGAGCCCCUGCAACGUUCCAGCGGUACAUGAACAGCGUGUUGCGCGAAUGGCUGGACGAUUUUGUCACCGCAUACCUGGAUGACGUCCUGAUCUACUCGAGCGGUUCGAAGGCCGACCACGAGGCCAAGGUGCGACAAGUUCUCCAAGCACUUGCCGACGCUGGCCUGCACCUGGAUCCAGCGAAGCAAGGGAAUCGCUUGGGAUCCGAGAAGCAGCGCGCCAUCCGCGAAUGA